AUGACGUUGCGAUCCGGUUCGGUGUCUCAAAAAGAAGAAAAACACAAACUUGUUGCAGCAGUGCAUGCACGUCAGUGCUGUAUUGAAUACAUCAAGCGAUGUUGUUGUGGUUACCUACAGGAGCGCAUGAAGCGAAUCAAGAGUCUUCGUUGGAAGCUUGGUGGUCAUUUGCCGGAAUAUAUUAAGAAUAAUAUGAGCGAGGCGGAAUUGAAAUGGUAUGAGGACUAUAACAACUUGGUUGUGGAAUAUCAGAAUUCGUUUGGACGAAACGGAUUAAAUUUACUGCUGAAAAUGAAGCCACCGAAACAUCUGUUCGUCAGAGUAGGUUUUUUUUAG